AUGUGGGAAGGUCCUCGAACGGGUGUCCUUGGUGCCGUGGAUAUCUUCGGUGCGGACGAGGCAAUGGAGUCAUCGAGGUUUAACUCGAAGAUUAAGGAAAUAAUAAAAAAUUACGAAACUAUUUACAUCGACUUACCUCCUCGUACCAACAUUCUAUCAACAGACAACGUCCAAAAAAAUAUCAAUCGGGCUCAUGGUACUCCUUUACUGAUGAAAUUAUCUUCAUGGUUCAAUUUUAAUAGAGAUCCCGCGGAUAAUUUAAAUCAACCUCACCCUUUCAAUAUUUCAAAUAUCAUCGGUGAUAAAGUAAGGCCGCUAAGUAAGAUAAUCCAGGACUUACGAAUAAUCAAGAGCGAUGCCGAAAUAAACUUAAUGAAGAAAGCUGGAGAAAUCACUGGAAAAGCGUUCAUUCAAGAAUAUCACGGGUACGCUAGCGACAUCACGCGGACGUGGCCAGUGAACGGAAAAUUUACGCAAGCACAACGUGAAAUAUAUGAAGUAGUCUUGAAGGUUAACAGGAAUUGCAUAAAGUUAUGCACCGAGGAGGAAAAUAUCUCUUUAAAUGGAAUACACGAGGCUUCGGUGCAAAUAAUGAAAGAGGAAUUAAUAAAUCUCGGCUUCAAUCUUGUUGAAGGGGAUGUGGACCGCGUCCUAUACCCUCACCACGUGGGACAUUAUCUUGGUCUCGACGUACACGACACUCACGACCUCGAUCGUUCGCGGAGAUUAUUAAGCGGAAUGGUGAUAACGAUAGGAAUUUACAUCCCACCGGACGACGCAUAUCCAAAGAAAUAUCAUGGUAUGGGAAUUCGCAUUGAGGAUAAUGUAUUAGUCGGUAAAACGGAUCCUAUUGUGUUGAGUUCCACGUCACCCAAGGAGAUUGUUGAUAUCGAGUAUUGUAUGGCAAACUAA